ACCCUGAUGAAGGCCAAAGAAGGUGUUGUGGGGACCAAGCUGAGACCACACUCAGACAAAAUGUGUCAGGAUCAAAGCAUUGAAAUGAGACGAGAUGCUAUUAUCCGCAGCCUCAAACUGUACCUUGGUGAGAAAGAAGAAGAACUUUUUAAAGAUUGCCUGGAAGAUAACCGCAGUGACGUGACUGAACACCUCCUUAAGAUAUUGGUCAUCCAUGGUGCUGAGGGAGAGGAUCCAGUGGAUGUCUCAAUCCUUCUUGAUGGUGCAGAGAUCUUACCGGGAUGCUGCAACACUGCCAAAGCUUGUGCGCUGCUCAUGGGGCUAAUUUAUGCUCUGAAUCUGGCAUACCCUUUGUCACUGCGAUACACUUUUGAGGUGUUCCAGAAACUUUUCCUGGAGCUGGAUGUAAUUAAACUGUCCCAUUUCAAUUUGCUGACCACUACACUGGACCUUCCUCUCACAAACUGCAGUUUGUCGUUCCAUGGGACUUCCACUGUCCAGACACCCAGACCUUGAAUUUCAUUUUUAGGUAUGUGCUUGGCCCCAAUGGCUGCAGUGAUAUACUGUUUGCAGUGUUAUGGAUAAUUUACAGGAUUCUGAGUUCCUCUUCUUGAUUGUUUUGUGGGACAUUGCCCAAUUUUCCCUAGUCCUCAAAGUUUGCUUUGUAAGUCAUGCCUCGGUUCUUAUUGGUCCUGAAGUCCUGAAUUUUGCCCAGGUUCCUGUCGCAACAGUUGUAAAGUAGGUAUUUCUUUACAGUGAGCCAUUUGAUUUUAAACCACUCAUACUGCUCUCAGCUGAAUGUACAAGUGAUCCAAAGUAAUUCCACAGAUGUUAAAAAAUGUUUUAAUGUGUUUAGUGCACUGUUUCAGACGGUUUGAAUGUUUUAAUUACACUCCAUUGUUACUGCAUUCACUCUCAAAUAUUGGUCAUGCGAACAUUAAGUGGUUUCUAAUAUUGACCAAAUAAAUGGUUGAAAUAUA